CAACCAUAAACAAUUUCAAUAAAACGUCAUUCUGUAAGCCGCUUGUCAAAAACGACGACGCCGAUUUACGUUUGUAAUUUCUCUGUUUUCGUUCAUUUUUAAGUGAAAUAAUUGAAUUAGAUCCCUACGAUUACAAUGAGUGCCGGUGGUAUGUUAUACGGUGGUGAUGAAAUCGGCGCACUGGUAUUCGAUCCCGGCCAUCAUUCGUUGAGAGUGGGAUACGCUCAGGAGGACACGCCGAAGGCUGAAAUACCUGCGGUUGUUGGCGUUGGACCAGGUGAUGUGGCUCUGAACACAGAUCUGGAAACUAAAGUUGAUAACAACAUCGGCAGCACAAAUAAAUACUAUGUCGAUACAACUUUCGUCAGUGUUCCAAGAUCGAAUACGGAGAUCCAAACUUAUAUGAAGGAUGGCAUGGUGGACAAUUGGGAUUUAUUUGAAAAAGUGCUGGAUUAUAUAUACGCAAAAGUAGUUCAAUCAGAGUCAAUGUACCAUCCUGUACUGUUUUCGGAAGCAGCUUGGAAUGUUCGUAACAACAGAGAACGAUUGACGGAACUCAUGUUCGAGAAGUACAGUGUUCCGGCUUUCUUCUUAGUAAAAAAUGCGGUUCUUGCAGCGUUUGCCAACGGACGCGCAACGGCUUUAGUUGUGGACAGCGGCGCUACGCAUACUUCUGCCGUUCCGGUUCAUGAAGGAUACGUGCUUAGUCAAGCGGUAGUCAAAUCUCCUUUGGGCGGUGACUACUUAUCGCUGCAGUGUCGUCAAUACUUAGAAAGUCAAAACAUUGAUUUAACACCGGUCUAUGGCAUAGCUGCCAAAGAUGUCAUCAAAGAACGCGACAACGCUCGUUUCACUCCACGCCAACUUCCAGAAAAAUUAACAACUUCCUGGCAGCAGUAUAUGCUCAAAGGUUUGCUGCAAGAUUUUCAAAUGUCGGUAGUUCAAGUCCUAGAAACGCCUUUCGACGAGAGAACCGCUGCUCAGAUUCCUGCCGUUCAUUACGAGUUCCCUAACGGAUACCAUCAAGACUUCGGUCCAGAGCGGUUCAAACUGGCUGAGAGUUUAUUUGAUCACACUAUGCUAGGCGCCGGUCAACUAGCCUCAACCAGCGUGGGAAUGUGUGAUGCCGAUGUACGUUUAUCUCUGUACGGAUCGGUGGUUGUUACCGGUGGGAACACCCUAUUACCAGGGUUCCCAGAGCGUCUCAAUCGAGAUUUGCAGCAUCGAGCUCCUUCCAAUACGCGGUUAAAGAUGAUUUCCGCUAACGGUUCGGUUGAGCGACGGUUCGGUGCCUGGAUUGGCGGUUCAAUUUUGGCUAGCAUCGGUACAUUCCAGCAAAUGUGGAUUUCGUCUCAGGAAUAUGAAGAAUCCGGUAAAAGUCAGGUUGAAAGGAAAUGCCCCUGAAAAAUAACUCCGACUAGUGCUAGGCGUAAAGAUUUGAACAUUAAUGACAACAAUUCUAAUGUAGUGUGAAACGAUAAAAAAUAUACGAUAA